ACGUAGACUGUACCAUUGUAACCGUGGCGGGGAUAUGUUCCUGUGAGAAACCACAGUAAAGUAAAAUACAAGUUACUCAUACAAAAUAACAAAAUGUAGUGAAUAAUUCAUAGAUAUAAAUGGCAUCAAUGAUGUAUAUUAAAUCACAAUUAUUGAAAUAUUUGCUGAUUCAGUCGCACGAACAACAACGAUAGCCCCCAUUUUUGUGUUUACCGGAAAUACACCGCGUUUCACUUAUGAAUCCACUGCUCAUUGUUUUUCUGUGGUACAUGGCAAAACUUUGUGUUGAUGGGAAAUAAAUCAGAAAACAAGGACAGGAUGACACUUAAAUCGCAGACUCCUUGUUUCAAGUCCAAGUACAUCACUACUGAGUUGGCUCAUCUCUUCAGUCAGUCAGACAGCGAGGAAGAGUUUGAAGGUUUCAGUGAGGAUGAAGGAGAUGACAACAGAGGGUGUAACAAACACCUCAAGAGUGUUGAUUCUGAGGAUAGCGAUGUGGACACAGGCUUCUACUCUGAUGGAGACGACACACCACCAACUAAAAGGAAGAGUCUUCUAGUGGCUCUGAGGUUUCCUAUGAAAAGAUUGUCUAGUUCCAAAAAGGAGCCAAGGCAGAGAAAUAUGAGUGAGCUGGUUAGAUGCACUCCUCCAUCACAAAGAGCCAGCGAAGAGGUGAAACCUGAGAAAAGAAUAAAAGCAAGGGAGGAGAAAGAAAAGAAGGAAGAGAAGGAGGAUAAAAAAGAUGUUGAAAGAGAUGAUGAAGAGAAAGUCCUGUCCCAGAGUCUGAAGAAACGAGAUAAGAACAUACAGGAGAACAAAGCCAUGCUGGCCAAACUGUUCGCUGAUCUGAGCACCCUGGCAGAAUUUGGUCUACCCACAGAGCCUCAUAAGAAAAGGAGGCAGUCGUCAGAUAAGACAACUCCACGGAAACGCAAGUUUGAACAAGAGCCCGGCUCAGAAAGGAGGAAUCCCUCUCGUAAGGCCCGCCCGCCAGAGAACUUUGGGGUGGAGGAAAAAAGUGAACCAACCAUUCACAAAGGCCCCAGGACUGUAGAUAUUAGACAACUGAUGGAGGUGGAUGAGGGUCUCGUGGGUGAGAGACAGAGGAAACGUAAGAGCCCCGGGUGUAAAAGGAGCCAAUAUGUGGUGAAGUCAGUGGAUGAAAUCACCAAAGAAGACCUGGACAACAUAGCGUACCGCAGCAAAGACAAGAUCUGGGACAAAGAGAACGGGAGCUCGUGUCACCAGUGCAGACAGAAGACCCUGGACACCAAGACGGUGUGUCGCAGCGGUGUCUGUGUGGGGGUCAAGGGUCAGUUUUGUGGGCCCUGCUUAAAGAACCGAUAUGGAGAGGAUGUGCGCACCGUGCUGCUUGACCCGACCUGGUGCUGUCCAAUCUGCAGAGGGAUGUGUAACUGCAGUCUGUGUCGCAAGAAGGAGGGCCGCUGUGCCACAGGCAUCCUGGUGGGAUUGGCCCGCUACAACGGACAUGACAAUGUCCACGAGUACCUGGAGAGCAUUCAGAAGGAGCUGCAGUAAAAUCCAGAUUGAAGGAGGUUGAGUUCCUGCUAACUACUGUAAACUUGACACGAUUGUUUUUAGGUUAAAACCAAUCCUAUGUUUUACCAGAGAUAUUCUUUAGCAAAAUCUUAGUUAUUUUCACCUGUUCAGCUUUUCUGUAAAUACCAUUCAUGAUACUGUACAUCAUUCUGGGUUUUACAAGAAGCAGUUUCAAGUAGUUUUAAAUAUUUUUUACAGGUCAUCAAUAAACCUUGAGCUGUACAUUUUAAGAAAGGUUAUGUGUCGAUUGUUUCCAUAUGCCGGUGGUUUUUCUCUGACUUUUUUUAAAAAUACAUCUUUACUUCUUUACGCGGCACAGUUCUCUCGUCCAUUCACUGUACAAAGUUAAUAAAGCAGUAACCCAAGCCAUGUUUAUAAGAGGGUU